AUGCUUUGUUUUGGGGCUCUGACUGGGUUUGAAGCUCGGAAAAGAGACCUCACACACCAGCUCGCCAGCAGCAUGGAACAGACAGAAGCCUUGGGCUGUUAUGACUAUGACCUGCUGGUUAUUGGUGGAGGAUCAGCAGGUCUCGCAGUAGCCAAGGAGGCAGCGUCUUUGGGGAAGAUGGUGUUGGUACUAGAUUAUGGGUCUCCCUCCCCUGCAGGAAGAAAAUGGGGCUCUGUAGCCAGCAAACUGCUUCACCAGGCUGCUCUGCUUGGGAAUGCUCUUAGAGAUGCACCACACUAUGGCUGGAGACCACUGGAAAACGUCUCCCACAGCUGGAGUGAGGUGGUGUCAGCUGUGCAGCAGUUUAGGAGAGCUCAGAGCUUCGAGUGCAGACAAGAGCUUAGGAAAAGUAACAUCACCUUUAUACAGGCUCGUGCACGAUUCCUGGGCUCUCAUACUGUCGAGGCAACAAACUCGCAGGGAGAAAAGACAGUACACACAGCAGCUGUGAUUGUUAUUGCCACAGGAGACAGGCAACAGUAUCCAGGGAUCCCUGGUGACAGGGAAUAUUGCAUCACAUGUGAUGACCUUCUGGCAGUGCCAGACUCUGUGGGGUGUACUCUGGUGGUAGGGGGCUCGGCUGAGGGGCUGGAGUGUGCUGGUUUUCUCUCUGGCCUGGGACUGGAUGUCACAGUCAUGGUGCAGUCAGUGCUACUCGAAGGCUUUGACCGUAAGGUGACCAAGAAGAUCGAGAACCAUAUGUAUGUCCAUGGAGUCAACUUUCUCCAUCACUACAUCCCUAUACAGAUAGAGCAGGUUGAAGAGGGUAAGCUGAGAGUGAUGGCUGUCUCUACAGAAGGGACUGAGACGUAUGAAGGAGAAUUUAACACUGUACUGCUGUCAUUAGGCAGGGAGGCGUGUACUAAAGAUCUUGGUCUGGAGAAUGUUGGUGUGAACUAUAAUAAGAGGACAGGGAAGAUCUCAGUGAAUGGAAAUGAUCAGACCAAUGUUCCAAAUAUCUACGCGAUUGGUUCAUCCCAGGAGAAUCCGCUGACACACCCAACAACACGUACAAACUCAGGCCUCAGUGUACUGGCUGGACGCAUGCUGGCGCAGAGACUGUACGGCGAACGCAGCAUCAAGUGUGACUACUCUUUCUCUCCUGCUGUUGUGUUCACUCCAAUGGAAUACGCGUGUUGUGGUCUGUCAGAGGAGAGAGCCUGUGAGAGCUUUGGGGAGGAAAACAUAGAGGUGUAUCAUAGCCCUUUCUGGCCUCUUGAGUGGACAUUACCUGCCAGGAAUAAGAACUCUUGCUAUGCCAAAGUGAUCUGCCACAUACCAGACAAUAGACGUGUAGUUGGUCUCCAUGUCUUAGGGCCCAGUGCAGGUGAGAUCAUUCAGGGUUUUGCUGCGGCACUCAGGUGUGGACUGACCAAAGACCAGCUGGACACAACUGUCGCUGUUCAUUCUGUUUGUGCACAGGUGUUAACCAAUCUGACAGUGACUCAGCGUGAGUCUGAUGCCAUGCAGGUCAGAGGAAACUGCUGAGGUUAACUUCCUGCUGUCACUCACUGUUGUCAAGGACAGUACAGCCGCACACAUCCCUACCUUAAACACAGGUGGACUGUGAGAACUGACCUGUUAACAGUGAGAAUGGCAGGAGAGAUUCCACGGAAGAUCCAAAAAGAGAGUGACAAAUAGCAGGACAACUCUGACCAAUGAUGUCUCAGCUUGAAACCUAGAAAACAGGUGGGCAGGGACUGAUGCACUGCUUUUGUACAAUGAUGGAUCCUAUUGUCUGUAUUUUAAUAUUCAGUUUGAGAGUGAAGAAAGGUAUUAUCCCCAUGACUUUUACAUUCCUUACAAUACCCAAUGAAUUAGAUUUUAGUUGGUAUGCUUAUUAAUCGCUAACCCUAAAAAUGAUGAACAUUUAAUGUCAACCCUGCAAUACUGUUAAAUCAUUCAAUUUUCAUUAUAUUGUAUAUUUCAUUACUAUGUUUUGUAAUGGCAUUAAAUGUAUAACAUCUUACAUUCAACUUCUAUUAAUCCAGCAGCACUGAAAAGCGAGUGCAGUGUUUGUCCAAAGUUGUGUGUAUGCUUCUACGUGAGUCUUAUGACAGUAGCUUUAACAGGGAACAAAUGAUGGUUCAUCAUAAUCUUUAAAAGGUUGUCUUCAAUAAAUGUAAAUUGAUUGUUGCCAUUGUAUAGUAAUAAAUGCAGAAAAAUA